CCAAACUUGGUGUAUACAUGCUCUAAGAUCAAGCACAAGGACCUUUACUUCUAGUUCUUCUCUUUUACCCUAUCUAUCAAAAUCCUACACUCGCUUCACUAAACCUAUUAUGGGCAACACAUCGAGCUCGCCGGUGCAGAAAUGCCUGAAGAGCGCUGUAGGAGGAAACAAUGACCUCCUCGCCCUAAAGGGCACGCCACUUUUCCAACUUUUACAUGUCAAGCCGUACAAUCUUGGUAUAGCAGUCACGCCUGCAGCUGUUACUUAUCCAGAGACCACCGAGCACAUCUCUGCGAUCGUGAAAUGCGCCGUCGACAAUAAGUUCAAGGUGCAACCCCGUUGCGGUGGACAUUCGUAUGCGAACUAUGGCAUCGGCGGACAGGAUAACACCAUCGUGGUCGACAUGAAACACUUCCAGCAGUUCUCCAUGGACGAGUCAACAUGGCAGGCCACAAUCGGAGGCGGUACUCUACUCGGCGAUGUCACUGAACGGCUGCACGACAAUGGGAAACGCGCUAUGGCGCAUGGCACAUGCCCACAAGUCGGUAUUGGGGGACAUGCAACCAUCGGUGGACUUGGCCCAAGCAGUCGCAUGUGGGGAUCAGCACUCGACCAUGUCGAGGAGGUCGAAGUCGUCCUCGCCAACUCUACGGUCGUUCGAGCAUCAGAGAGUGAGAAUCCUGACAUCUUGUUCGCCGUGAAGGGCGCCGCGGCCGGCUUUGGCAUCGUCACCGAGUUCAAAGUACGCACCCAGGCCGAGCCCUCGGAAGCGGUACUCUACACCUACAACAUCCAGGGUGGAUCCAGCGCGGAUAAUGCACAAGCGUUCAAGAAGUGGCAAGCGCUUAUCUCUGACCCUGCUCUCUCCCGUAAAUUCGCAAGCCAAUUCAUUCUCACUGAGCAGUUCGGCGCCAUCGUGACUGGGACCUUCUUCGGGUCACAGCAAGAGUACGACAGCCUCAACAUCUCCGCGCGACUUCCCAACAGCGACGACUCCGUCAUUGAACUGAAGGACUGGCUUGGGGUUGUUGGCCACUGGGCCGAGGAUGUUGCGCUCGAUAUUGUCGGCGGCAUCCCCAGCAACUUCUACGCCAAGUCGCUCGCGUACACAGACAAGGAUAUCAUCUCAGACGACGGCGUGGACAAGCUCUUUGACUACAUCGACGGCGCGGACAAAGGCGGCGCCAUCUGGUUCAUCAUCUGGGAUCUCGAGGGCGGCGCCAUCAACGAUGUUGCACCGAACGCUACCGCGUACGGCCAUCGAAACGCACUGUUCUACCACCAGGCAUACGCCGUCAAUCUGUUUGGCAAGAUCGGGGAUAAGACGAGAGCUUUCCUGACGGGCGUCAAUGAUGCUGUGCUUGAUGCGCUGCCGGAGCACGACGAGGGAGCGUAUGCUGGAUACGUCGAUCCAGCGCUUGGACAGAACAGCGCGAGUCUGUACUGGGGAGGGAAUGUGGCGAGACUGGAGAGCAUCAAAGCACAGGUCGACCCCAAUGAUGUGUUCCACAAUCCCCAGAGUAUCAGGCCGGCGAAGGGCUCCGCGAAGAUGCGAUUCUGAGCUGCACGUACUGGGCUGGUUUGAUGUAGUCGUACACAACUCGUCUCUUUGAUAGCGGCGAGGAGGCUGACGAAUGAAGAUGCUCUCAUUGUAACAUGGCCACACGUGAUGUCAGAUCAGAUGGUCGGGUGUCUCAAG